CAGACUCACUCACACAAGGAUCUCUUGAUCAAAGAGAUUAUACUCGCAGCAUGCAUCUGAUACUUGGAUCCGUGGGUGUCCUGCUUCCCCUUUCACUCAUCCUGCUCCUGGACAAAGCUCCAGUAGCGAGCAGCACAUAUGUGCCUGUGAGGUGCAAGUGCAUGAAUCUCAUGAAGCAGACGCGAGGGCCCCCACUGGACUUCAGUGUCAGCGAGAAAAAUGCCCACUGCCACACGGACGAGAUCCUGGUGAAGGUCCGAGGCAAUGACAAGCUGCUAUGUCUGAGCCCGACUGGCAGGCAGGGCAAACGCCUGCUGAGAUGCUGGAGGAGGGUGAACAGCCAAGGCAAGGACAAAAAGCAGUGCCUGAGAACCCGUAAGAACCGAAGGAACCGCCAGAACCACAAGAACCAGAGGAAGACAAAAAAGGCCACAUCUUAGAACCACAAAUAACUGCUAGAGCCGAGGGAACUCUAGACUGAACAAUUGCAGUCCCUGGCUCUCACUCCCCGCUGCCCCUCCCCACAGCCCCGGUAGUGACGUGGUAACAACUAUGAUGACCUGACAUGCCGGUAUGAGUUGGGUACAUACUACUGAAGAUUUUAGAUGAGUGGCGUGACAUGUUUUAAGAAGCCCCGGAUUUCCCCCCUAAAAUAGGAAGUUGGGUCACACUCCCAUCAACACCCCUGCCCCCCGUCAGGAUGGGGCCGAUGGAGCUUGGAACCUCUCAGUAAUACUUAGUGUCCCACUCCACCCUGGGAAGAGGACAGAAAGCAGUCCCUG